AUGUCGUCAAAGCCACAAGAAUUAAGUCGUCAUCCCGAUAAGUCGAUCUCGGGGCGGGGAUCUAGUCGGCUUCUCACAGGUCGUAUAGAUGUGCACGUUGCCGCAGGCAAAAGACCAAAUGUUCUGGCGGCCGACCUUGCGCGGCCUGCCAUAAGCGGAGCUUAUCAUGCCAGUAUGAUGAGCACGAUCAAAAUGUCCUGGUCAACCGAGAGUCCGUGA